AUGGCUGCAGUAGCUUCAGCAGCGAGCCAAAUCGCCGCCUCACGGGGCUUGCCGAUUGACACAAACACCAACACGCCUAGCUGGGUGGAACAGGUUCCGCUGCCUCUCGACGAGGAUUCGAGAAAACUCUUUAUCGAAUACGCCAAGAUCCCUGAGGCAGAGCUAGAGAAGCACCUCAUAGAAGCUCGAAUGCGGGCUUGGGAAUGUUGCCCUUAUCCUUGCAUUGGUCAUUGGUUGUUUCUCAUGCUGCAACUGAGAAAAAAUCCCGAGUUUGAAGAAGCAGUACGCCGUACUCGGCAGGGUCAUAAGCUUUUGGAUAUUGGUUGUGCCGUCGGUCAAGACCUACGCGACUUGCCUGAACAUCCACAGGCCCACGCCGGAGCUCCCCAAACCAUGCUCUACGGCAUAGACCUGAUAGAGCACUUCUUCGAGGCCGGCAAGUUCCUGUUCAGGGAUCCGGACGUGCAGAUCACGUUCCGGCAGGCCGACGUGCUGGAACCGGACGCACUGCAGGACUGGCGCGGCAACUUCUCCAUCGUCACCUGCAACUACGUCUUUCAUCUCAUGGGAAUCGAGGAUCAGGAGAAGCUUGCCGGGGCGAUCCUCAAGCUGCUGAGCGGCAAGCCCGACGAUCUGGUCUUUGGCAGGACCGGCGGUACGGAGGGCGAGGGCCGCCACGAGGCGUUCCGCGAGGAUUUAAAGCUGUACCGCCAUUCGACCAAGAGCAUGGAGGAGCUGUGGACCUGUGUGGCGGCGAAGUAUGGCAGGAAGGCCGUGGUGGAGUCGUGGAUCGAUCCGAGCCCCCUGCCGCAGUCACAUUGGGCUCUCGCGAUCAACAAGGACUUUGAGCCGGUUAGGAACCUCAUCUUUUCCGUCCGGCUCUCCUAG